AGAAUAAGAGAACUAGUAGAGAGCAUUUACUGUGCAGAACUUGUCUGUUUAAUCUGAAGCUACUGAGGUCCUAACACUGUAGUCAGAGGGGUGUCCUCUGCAAACACUGCAUCUAACUGACACUUCCUGAGAUGUCAAUGCCCUGGUACCAUGGGAAUAUCACUCGCUCCAAGGCUGAGGAUCUGCUGUCACAUGCUGGCAAGGAUGGGAGUUACCUAGUACGAGACAGUGAAUCGGUUUGCCGGGCAUAUGCUCUUUGUGUGCUGUUCCAGAAUUGUGUCUACACAUACCGGAUUUUACAGAAUCCUGGCAGUCAGCUGUCAGUUGAGGCAUCAGAAGGUGUCCCCAUGCGCUUGUUUGUAAACCUACAGGAGCUUAUCGACUUUUACCGGAAAGAGAAUGUUGGACUGGUCACUAACCUACGGAACCCUGUACAGCGUGAGGAAGAGGGACCUGAAGAGCCUGAUGAAGAUCAGGACCCUCCCCCCCCAAAUGUGCCACCUAGGAAUUUUACCCCAACGUUGCUAUCAUCAGAAGUAAAGGAAUGCCCUUUGGUCGCAGAAAAAAAUUUGGUUGGGAACAGUCUGAUGUUCAUUUCUGAAGCAUUUCUACAAAGACUACAGGACAUCGACACUCGCAGCGUUCCAGAAGAGCACUUGCAGGCCAUUCGUCAGUACUUGAGUCUGCACAUGAGCAGCGAUUGUGAGAUGGUGCGCAAUGGAUCUCAGAGCCUCCCACAGUUCAAGAAGCUUCUGAUGACUCUUUGUACCGGGCUGUACAGUGAGGUGACCCGCACUCUGCCAGCCCUGGAGUCUCUGCAGAGCACAUUUGAACCCCAGUUCUCCCCUGGAUUCCGCCAGCGAUCUCCUCUAUCUACUGACCCCGGCACAAGUAACAUGAUGAGUAAACUCACCCAGCUCACUUCCAUGGUUUCCAGCUUAGAAGAAAAGGUGAAAACAGUGUUGUUGGAAGGUUCCGCAGUGAAACAUCGCAGAUCACUUAUCCCUCCAAUCAUAUUUGAGGUUAAAGCAGAUUCCUUAGGAAUAUUCCAGAAGACCCACCUGAAAGUUGAUGUCGAAACUGGAAAACUUGUAAUCAAGAAGUCAAAAGAUGGUCCAGAUGACAAAUGUUAUCCCAGCAAGAAAAUUCUGCAGCUAAUCAAGUCCCAGAAGCUGCCAAAUAAAUUAGUCAUUGUUCUGGAGACAGAAAAGGAAAAGACACUGCGCAAGGAAUAUGUCUUUGCUGAUUCCAAGAAGCGAGAAGGGUUUUGUCAACUCCUACAGCAGAUGAAGAAUAAGCAUUCAGACCAGUUGGAACCAGACAUGUUAUCGAUUUUUACUGGAACAUGGAAUAUGGGUGAUGCUCACCCGCCAAAGGAUAUCACAUCAUGGUUCCUGUGUAAAGGUCAGGGGAAGACACGUGAUGAGACAGCAGAUUACAUUGAACAUGACAUAUAUGUAAUCGGUACACAAGAGGAUCCUCUGAAUGAAAAGGAGUGGGUAGAAAUAUUGCUCCGUUCCCUAAAUGAGAUCACCACUGCCGAUUAUAAGCUGAUAACAAUCCAGACACUCUGGAACAUACGGAUUGUAAUCCUAGCCAAGCAAGAACAUGCUCACCGAAUCAGCCAUGUUUGCACCAACAGUGUAAAGACUGGAAUUGCCAAUACGCUUGGAAACAAAGGAGCAGUUGGUGCCUCUUUUGUGUUCAAUGGGACUUCUUUUGGUUUCAUAAACAGUCACCUUACUUCUGGGAGUGAAAAGAAACUCAGGAGGAAACAGAAUUACUUUAACAUAUUGCGCUUCCUGAUCAUGGGUGACAAGAAGCUUAUUCCUUUCAAUCUCUCCCAUCGAUUUACCCAUCUUUUUUGGUUGGGGGAUCUCAACUACCGUGUUCAACUUCCUAACAAUGAGGCAGAGAACAUUGUACAGAAGAUUAAGCAACAGCAAUACCAAGAACUACUGGUCUUUGACCAGUUAAACAUGGAGCGUAUUGAAAGCCGAGUCUUCCUCCACUUCCAAGAAGAAGAUAUCUCUUUUCCUCCCACGUAUCGGUUUGAGAGAGGAACCAGAGAACGGUACUGCUACACCAAGCAGAAAGCAACAGGGAUGAAGUAUAAUUUACCUUCUUGGUGUGAUAGGGUUUUGUGGAAGUCAUAUCCCAACAUGCAUGUCUUAUGUCAGUCCUAUGGCUGCACAGAGGAUAUCAUGACAAGUGAUCACUCUCCUGUAUUUGCCACAUUCCAGGUUGGAGUAACUUCUCAGUUCGUCUCUAAAAACAAUCCCACUGAAUCAGAUGAGCAGGGACAUAUUGAACUACUGAACUGCAAAGCUACUCUGUAUACCAAAAGCCACACCAAAUUCUACAUAGAGUUCCAUUCUACUUGCCUAGAAAAUAUGGUAAAGAGCUCAGAGGCAGAAGAUCAGGAUGGAUGCAAUGGCACUUUAAUAGUGAUGUUUGGAGAGCUUCCAAAGCUAACACCCAUCAUCUCCGAUCUGGAAUAUCUCUUGGAUCAGCAUUUACUGAUAUGUAUCAAGUCAUCUGACACUGAUGAGUCAUACGGUGAGGGCUGCAUCGCUCUGGGCAUGGAGGAUCCUCAGCAACAGCCAUUCUCUUUUUCUACUCCACUAACCCACCAUGGAGAGGAGACCGGCUGCUUCCAGGGUGAGAUCUUCCUGCACGCUCCCUGUGGAAAACAGAGAGAAAAGUUAUAUGACUUUGUUAAGAUUGAAAAAGAUGAAGCAGUGGUACAAAAACAUCAAAUAAAAUCCCAGAGCAGCCAGCAGUGGGAGCAGUCGUUCUGCGUGGAUCAAAUUGUGCCGAAUCAAGUGUUAGCAAACCAGGUGAAGCAGAGUCCCCCCGGAACACCUGCAGGAUUUAAGGUGACUGAACAGCGAGCCAAACCAGGCUCUCCAGUGCUGGGACGUGGGGACACACCAGUUACACCUCCCGCACGGAAUCCUACAUCAAUUCAAAAGUUUGGACCUUGUCCCAGUGCUCGAGGGCCUCCAAGUACCCGUCAGCAGGAGUCUUUUUGCCCUCCAGCCUCAGAUGACAUACCAGAAAUGGUUGAUAAUCCAUUAUAUGGUCCAGUCAACACUGGCUCUAAUCCUCUACCAGGUCAGAAUCGGCCUCAUAAACCUCCUGAGCCAGCGCCUCGCAAAAAUCCAGCUGUUCGUCAACGAUCUAUGACAUAUUCCACUUCGGAGAGAAAACCUGCUGUUCUUGAAAAAGCUGCAGUUAAGAACGUUCUAUCAGCCAUGGCUCCAAAUAGUGUCACUCGGCCUGAAAUCGUUGCACCUAAGCCUCGUCCGCCAUUGCCUGCUAAAAGUCAUGCUCUACGUGAGACGCAGAACAACUAAUUGCAUCACUUUUCUCUUCGAGAGUUGUUCUUGCACUUUUGUUUACAUCAGUUUACAACUAUUUCCUCUAAGAUAUCUUUUUAGAAAGAGCAAAUUACUCCUUUAAUUUAGCCCCUACGGAAGAAAUGAUGGGGUAAUAUGCUCUCCCUGCCUCUCCUGGGACUCCUAUUAAGUAUAGUAUAUGGAACUGCAUAUUGCAAUGCUUCUGUCUGACAAUUUACCCUUCCAAAAUGAUACUGGACAACACUGGAUCCAUAUUUUCAAGCCAUCUGACUUUCAGCCAGAAAAUAAGUUGGGCCCAGUUGGUAUGGGUGAUGUUUGCCAUAAUGACCGCAUCACUUGAACGUUGAUGACACAACAUUUUGAAUGGAAGCGCAAUUGAUUGUUUUUAUAUUGCCCAUACUCCGAGAACUCCACUCAUAUCUGUGUUAAAUACAAGACCCUGUUUCUGCAAA